AUGAUGAAGAUCACUUUCUUUUUGACAAUUUGCACUUUCAGUUGUUUCAACGGGUUUUCAAUUGAUCGAGUCAAACGAGCAACAGUUGAAGAAUUGAAGAUACUCAUACAAAGUAAAGGAGGACUUGCUUUUGACACAACUGUCGUACCAGAAGCAACGGAACCUCGAAAAUUUGCUUGUUUAUUCGUAUUUGAUAAAGAAGCAUCGAAUGAACUUCAAAACAAUUAUGAACUUGGCAAUUUCUAUGCAACACAACUGGCUGAUUUUGCAUCGCGAUACACCGCUCAUGCCAAUAUUCUCAUCACUAAUGCCGGUGUCGAAAUGUGGUCGGAAAAAGAUCAAAUCUCCUUUGAUGUCGACAAUACUGCCUAUUCACCAAUGCAACUAUUCUUACCGAGAUUUCAAACAUAUUUAGCAAACACGAAAAAGGAACUCUUCGGAACGGUUUAUACUGUUGGAGUGUUGAUUUCAAACAAAGGUUCACCUUUAGUUGGUGGAGGCUAUUCUCAAGGACCCGCAAAUACAACCUGGGGUGCGUCGAUUAUUAACUAUCGAUUUUAUCCAUGGGUUAUUGCGGGUUUGCUUGCACAUGAAUUGGCACAUACACUUUCUGUUAUUCAUCCCUUCGAAUUGGAAUAUUUAUGUGACGAUUGUAAAAAACUACCAUUUUGUCCGUCCGUCACAUCGCGACCGAUUCCUGCUGAAUGUAAAUGUGAAGGAGAACCAUAUCCCGCGAAACAGUGUUUAAUGACAUUCCAAUUUGGCUUUGCAUCGGAAAAUGCGCCGAGAUAUACAUCAUGCGACAUCCAAAUGAUGAACUUUUUCGCCUCCAAUGCUUCCUGUUACUAA